AUGAGUGAGUUCGCCAGACAAGCGCAUCCUGACGCAGCUCAUCGGGAACGAUUGGCUAGGGAGAUCCCUGGAUUAAGCCCUCGUCAAGUACAAGUCUGGUUUCAAAACAGGAGAGCCAAACUGAAACGAAUGAGUAGCGAUGACCGAGAGCGCAUGAUGAAGUCGCGCGCUUUACCAGAGGAGUUCCCAAUUCUCCAAACAUUGCACACAUAUGGUUCAGGUCGGAUGAUGGGGACGCCGAUUGCCUCGCCUACAGAGUAUUCUCCAACUACAAACAUGGGCUAUGGCCGGACCGAUCCCCUCCGACGACGACACCUUGGCGAAGAGGAUGUUGUCGUAUCGCCGACUACGCCGGGUUUUGCCGGGCUGUCUUUUACGCCCACAACUUCGUCUGGUGAACUACUGUCCCCUGUCUCUUCUACUGGGGAGCGUCCGUCGUAUCUCGGGUACAUGACAGCUCCACUUGGCCCCCAGCAACGUGGAAACCCAUUUUCCCGGCCUACCGAUCCCUUUCGCACCAGUGUGCCCCGCUUACAGCUUCAAGACAUCCCACGUUCGAUGUCAGAAUCUGCUAGCUCUCCAUUGAGAUCUAGUACGCCCUAUUCGGCAAAUACUAUCGAUCACGGAGAAUACCAGUUGAGCCCUAGCGCAUACUCAAUACAGGGAUUACCCUUCAACGAACCUCCAAGAAGUGUUCCUCCAGAAACGCCUCACAGUCCAUAUGUGCACACGCCACAAGGACCUUACACUCACCCUUAUCCGUCACCAGCACCACCAUCUGGGCAUCAGGCACGACCACCGCCAAGCUUCCCACCACCGUUGACCCUAUCCGACUUUAAAUACCCACAACCUCCCUUGACACCCCACUCUGGAACCAUGUCUGGCUUCGCGACGGCACCUCUUGCCCCACCGCAAGAAUUCCAGAUUCCUCAAAUGAGUGCACCUGCGGAUGCGACCACAUUUAGUUCGUCAUACCUUAACAGAGGGACAGGAUCAAUAGGGUCGGCGGGCGCUCCCGGUGCUCCUCAGCAUGAGCAAGAUUCAGACCGACCAGACAAGAUGAUAUCCAUGUUUGGCCGGGAGUUCGGACACCAGCGCAAGCGUUCAUCAUCACAUCCCCCUAACUUUCCUCAAAACCGCGAGCCUUAG